GAGUGACAAGCGGGUUUGCCAGCGGCAGGGGGGGUGGGUCAAGAGGCCGGCGUUCCGAGGGGGGAGCGUGGCGCGCAGAAACAAGUACAUUGAAAGUUGGAAAAGAUGACAGGAAGAACAGCAGUAGAUGGUGCCUCUUGAGAAACAAGUACAUUGAAAGUUGGAAAAGAUGAAACAACUAAAAAGGAAAAGAAAAAGCAAUUUUAGCGUUCAAGAAACCCAAACAUUACUUAAGGAAAUCCGAAAAAGGAGAGAAGUACUUUUUUCUAAACAACUAAAUACAACAAUUAACGAGAUGAAACGGAAGGCUUGGGAGGAAAUAGCAGAGUGUGUGAAUGCUGUAGGUGAAGGAGAGCAAAGGACAGGAACAGAAGUGAAAAGACGAUACCUUGAUUGGAGAGCCCUUAUGAAGCGAAAGCGACUGAAUUCCAACAUUAAACUUGUAGGUGCUGGCUUUCAUCUUCCUUCAUCUGAUUUGGAUGACUCUCUCAAUGAAGAUAUUGAUGAGAAAAUUGGAUUUCCAAAUGAAUCUAAUUUUGAAUGGCAGAAUAUCACAGAUUUCCGGGAAUCAGGUGGAUCAUUAACUGAAAUCAAAGUGGAAGAGGAAAAGGAGGAUCCACAGAGUUUUGAAUUUCCUAUUGCCGAAGAAGAGGAGAUUCUGUCCUCAGUGUUUCCAGAUUCCAAAAAGGAAAAUGAUCUUCCUGAUUUCACCCACAUUGAAGAGUUUGGCAAUCUAAGCUCUGCCCAAGCGAGGCUAGCUUACGAGGAUUCCCAUUUACUCAUCAGCCUGGAGAAACAGAAGCUGGAGCUAGAAAAGCAGCGCCUGUAUAUAGAAGCAGAGCGACUGCAAGUUGAGAAGGAGCGGCUGCAAAUUGAAAAAGAGCGCUUGCGGCACAUUGAUCUGGAGCAUGAGAAGCUUCAACUGGAAAAGGAGCGGUUGCAGAUGGAGCGAGAGAAACUGAGACUUGAGGCACUGCAUGCUGAAAAACCUUCCCCGGAGAAUGAUACCAGCCAGGCAGAAAAGCCUGCUGUGCCUCUGGAUCUAGAAACAGAAAAACUUAAAAUUGAAAAAGAGCGCUUACAGUUAGAGAAGGAGAGGCUGCAGUUCCUGAAGUUUGAAUCAGAGAAGCUUCAAAUUGAGAAAGAACGCUUGCAAGUUGAAAAAGAACGCCUGAGAAUUCAGCGGGAAGGACAUUUUCAGUGAAUUUGGUGAAAACCUGAGCAAUGUCACUGUGUUUUUUUGAUGUUCAUAUUUUUUCUGAAAAGGUUAAUUUGAUUUCAUUAAAAGUGUUGGGCUGCCCUAUCUUCAAAGUAUUUCACCACUUGCAAAAGCCCUGCUUUACAUGGUUCUGAUACUGUGAGACUUACAGCUUGACAGUUCACUCCCCCCCCCCUCUUUUGGCCAGAGUUGAAUGUUGCUGUGCUCAAAUUUUAAAAGAAGCUGAGGGUUGAUGCUCAGCAAGUCAGUGUGCCUGUGUAAAUGGAGCUUGUGUGUGAAGCUGUGUUUCAGUGUAAGAAAGAAGUGUUACCGUCCUCUUGCAUUCUUUGUUGUGUAACUUUACGUCCACAUUAAGAAUCAAGGCAUAGCUGCACCUUAUCAUUUUAAGAGUAUUAUUCUAAAUCCAUAGGAGCCUUCAAUAUAAAUUUGCAUUUGAUCUGAAGGAAUAAGAUUAAAGCUAGGCCUUGUGUGUUACAUAGUGUUACCAUGGAAAGUAAUGCCUUUAAUGUGAAGUGUGUUCUCUGGAUGAAUUUACAAAAGUGUCUUUGAAGCUCUUGGUAGUGUUCUUACUCAGUACAUGUGCUUGUAGAAAAUGAAUAAAUGAAGCUUCAUGUAUGAAAACAUAAAUUUAACCAUUUAUUUCUAAGCCAAAUCUUAGAAAUUCUAGUGUCUGUAGAUAACUGUGAUGGCCUACUUUGACAUUCACGUGUUUGAAUAGGAAUAUAUCUUAUAGGAUUUACAUAGAUUAUUUGUACAUGUAAGUUUAUUUAUAUCACUAUGUAAUUACUUUUAUUUUGCAAAGUGUUAUUUUUUUAUUACUGAAA